GUUCGAACAUGGAAGCAGAAGUAAUUUACGACGUGCCUGGUCCUUCAAAUGCGGAGGACCAAAAUGCAUCAAAAACGGAGGAUGAAGGGUCGGUGCGAAUUCGGCUGCCCACGAGGGUGAAAAAGGUGAAGAAGAAGGAAGGGGAGUAUUCGGUGAGAGCCCUGAAGGUCGCUUUCGUCAGCUGUGCCAUUUUCUACGUCGUCACCACCGCCCUCCUCAACUACUUCCUCCUCGCCGACAAAAUGUGCAAUGUGGAGGAGCGUUUGCUUGGAAUAUUCGGUUUGCUCAAGAACGCAAACAGCGAGGAGUUAAAAUUGAAGGCAGAAUUUGAACAUAUUCUAUUGAUAAAAUUUAACGAGACAAAUGAACAAAUCAAGGAAUCGGCAAAACGCGCCAACGAUCGCCACAAACAGGCAUUAGAUAGAGAGAAGCUAUUGACGCAAAGUGCCAAUGAGACGAAUCAAAAACUGAAAGAAUUGGCCAAAAACGCUGAAGAUCGCCACAAACAGGCUGUGAAAAGCGAUGAACUGGUGGUUGAGAAGUUGGCGAAAAGUGCCGAAGAGGUAAAUCAAACACUGAAAGAAUUUGCCAAAAACGCCGAUGUGCGUUACGAACAGAUGUUGAAAAAUGAGGAGGAGAAGGCGGCAGAAAUCAAGAAAGCGUUUCUGCAACAGAUUUUGGCACUGAAGAACGAAACUCGGUUGGAAAAGGAGUCGACAGAAGAACGUUUUAAAAACCUUUCUCAGAUGAUUCGGCAAAAUGACAAUGCGGCUAAUGAUAAGCUGGCCCACUUGGCUAAAAUUGCUGAGCGCGACCUUUGGCUCAAGCAAUACAAAUUUACGUCCAACUGCUCUCUUGCCAAAAAGGCAAAUUUGACUAGGCUGUCCAACGGCAAGAAGUAUUACUUUCAUACAUAUUAUAAGAACUGGAUUGAAGCGAACAAGACUUGUGCGUCGAUGAGCCUGCAUUUGGCGACUCUGAGAGACCACACCGACCUGAACGCGACCACGGCACACGCCAACACUAUCGUUGAGACUACCUGGUGGUUGUCUGCAAUCAACUACGAAAUCCCAACGCGAUACAACGUUCGUUGGCACGACGGCUCAGAACUGCCACAAAACAGCACCUUGUGGCGAGACUAUGCUGACAAACUCGGGGGCUGCGUCUAUUUAUAUACUGGAGGGAAAUUGAACGGCUAUAAUUGCAGAGAUACUAAUUAUUUUAUUUGCGAACUGCCGAGGGAGUGCUACUGAUUGAUGACCCGCGAUCUGUUAAUUGAAGGCUGAUCUAUGCGUGUAAAAUGAGGAACAUUUUAUGGACAUUAUAUCAUUGUAGUUAUUCAAAUAAUUCCAUUAAUGACUUAUUCUUUAUCACUUUGCAUGUUAUUUUUUCCCACUUAGUAUGCAAGACGUAUUGGCAAAUAAUAUCCUGCCUUAAUGUUACCAAUUUCGUCUGUUUAACUUUGAUUGUAAAUCUUUUAAAAGAAGCCAAAGAAGAAAUGGAAUCUAUAAUAAUAUCAUUAUAUUGUAAUAUUUUACUUUGCUCAAUGAUUUCAAUGGACAAGCCACGCUUUUUAUAGGUAAAAACUUUGUAUUUGCUUUGUUUUUUGAAACUAAAAUUUUUUUGUUUGAAGAAGUUGUCACUCGAUGAGAUGAUUGUGGAAAUGAAGAUAUCGGGCUUUUUGCAACAAGGAAAAAGUCCGAUAUCUGCAUUUCUAAGAUUCUUUUAAUUAUUUAAGUAAAAAUAUUGCUGUUUUAAAUUGUUUUGUAAGAUUUUUAAUAUAGCAAAUAUUCAAUAUUCUAAAUAAUGAGCAUAAUCUUGGUAAAAAAGCUGUUUUUUAUAUACUAUUGUAGUUUAUUUGCCAUUGUUGUUGCAAUCACAUUGGUUAUAUUUAACGUAUUUUAAUUUUUAAUUAUUGAGUAAUCAAUUUUUCUGAAUGCUUGGAAGACAAGAGAUAAUUGGCCUUUGCCGUAUCAUUAAUAUUUUUUAUUGCGGGCAUUUCAGUACAAAAUUGUAUUAAUUCCUGUGUGAAUAAAUAAAAAUUUGUCUCCAUAUCUUAUUUAUUUGUGUCUUACAAUAAAUUCAAGAUAUUACAGCAUAA